AUGGACAUUCGCCCUGAUAUGCCCGAGUGCUGGGGUCACCGUGGAGCCUCAGCCACUUUCCCGGAAAACACCAUCGCCAGUUUCGAGAAGGCCAUCCUCGAUGGAUCGGAAGGUCUCGAGACCGACGUACACAUUACCACUGACGAUGUCAUCGUCAUGUUCCACGACCCAACAUUGGAGCGAACCACUAACGGCAAGGGCUUGAUCUACCAGCGCCCAUACUUUGGCGAGGACGGUAUCGAGCACCUCCGUACCCUCAAGCAACCCGCACAACAGAUCCCCACCUUCAACCAGAUCUGCGACUUGCUCAUGCGUCCCGACUGCAAGCACGUCAAGCUCAAUCUUGACAUCAAGCCAGACAACAACCCAGACCGCCUUUUCCCUCUUAUGCGCAAAGUCAUUGAAUCCUACCCCAAGUUCGAGACCGACCUGGCGCCGCGUCUCAUUCUUGGCCUGUGGCACCCCAAGUUCCUCGAGUCGGCGCUCAUCAACGUCCCAUCUAUGAAGCGUAUUCACAUUGGUGCCUCGCCCCGUGCGGCGCGCAAGUACUUCUGGAAGGACUGCACCGGCUUCUCCAUGUACUUUGCAUGCCUGGUCGGUGCCGAUGGUCAGGCUUUCAUCGCCGAUGCACAGAAGGCGGGCAAAGAUAUCUAUGUUUGGACCGUCAACCGCAAGGACGAGAUGAUCGAGGCAACACGCUGGGGUGUCAAGGCCGUCCUCACCGACAAGACCGCUCUCUUCCAGGAUUUGCGCAAAGACAUGACACAGGACUUUGCCUCGACACGACAGGUCGAGGUCGGUAUGUUCUUCCGAUGGGCUACCUGGAGGUACUAUGCUUUGCCACAAUUCGUGUUGCAGACCAUGUGGCUCGCAAACAUCGAGAGGCGUGCUGGCUCACCAUUCAGAAAAGUUGCUGCGGCUGCUAGUCCGGCCUCGCUUUCCUUCUCGACCACCUCCUCUGUCUCGGAGAAGGCUGGUCUGAGCGCAGCUGCUCCUCAGCCUGCCUUUGCUGUCCAUGCUGCUGCAUAG